AUGGCCAACACUGGCACAUCCGCACAUCCCGAGACGAAGCCUUUUCUGCAACUGGAAGAGGACACUGAAGCAAGAAGGUCAGACAUAUGGAACGAUGAAGAAGACCUUUCGCGCAGACAUGGAGGCAGCCGGCCGUCAAGAUUACAAAGAACACCAUUAUGGCUGCAUCUAAUACUCCUCCUUCUGAAUGUGAUCUUGGCUGUGUGGAACGGCAGGGCAGCGACCAAAACCUUAGGGAUCACUCAUGAUGCAAAUAUUGAGGCUGGGGAAGGGUUCAUUCUGUCACCCGCAGAAAUGAUUAUUCACGACUUUGUGGAGGAUUAUGUUCCCAGCUCGCCUAUGAGCAGCCCAUUCACCGGCGAAUGGCGGCCAGAAGUUGACGAAGCGUGGUCUAAAUUGCUUCAGCCAUCCACCAUUCGGCUGUCGGAAGAGGAGAUGAGAGCGAUGAACAAGACCUCGGUGGUCUUGAAAGACGGAUCUGGCUAUGUCGGAUACCUCGAGACGUUCCAUAUGCUCCACUGUGUUAAACGAUUUUAUCAGUUCGGAAACAGGGAAAACUACCCCGAUGUCCAAGCGAUGGACGGCUUUAACCCUGCCCACAUAGGUGAGACCAGUAGUAGCAGAAGGCCUUGUCUUACCAUGUUCUGA